CGAUCCUCAUUGAUUGACCUCAUGAUAUGUGGUUUACCUGCCCCACUUGCGGGAAGGGUCCACUAACCCUCGAGGAAUUCCGUAUCAUCGACAAAUGUGGUCAUGGUGCAUGCAUCGAAUGUCUGGAGCGGUGGCUUGAAGACAAUCCAAAGAAGACUUGUGCAGUCUGUCGGGAACCCCACACUCACAAAAACCUUCGCCGAAUCUUCAUUGAUUGGGAACUAGCAGAGAACCCAUUGAUCGUACGGACGAAUGAGGUUGCCCAGAGAAUAGGCGAGAUGGGUCCCGACAGUCCUUUGAAGAGUGUAAAAAGGACCCCUCAUGAAAUCGCGAAGCUCGCCAAGAUAGCAGCUCGACAACGGGAUGUAUCGAAAGCGGAGAGCACACUAUGGGACGCGAAAGAAGACUUCGAGACACGACUGGCACCGAUGUUUGAGGAACUUGAGGAGCUUCGAAAAAAGAACGAGUCUCUCAAACAAGCGAACGCUGAUCUACGAGUCCAGUCAACUCUCGCGCAGAAUAAGGCGGCCAAGUAUGCUCAGAGGCUCGAAGGGGCGAAUCGUGCGGCAGCCGAAGCGGCGGCGUCUUCGACGAAGCUUAACGAGCGGAAUGCAACUAUCCAGCGUCUCACGGAGGAAAACAGUGUGCUGGAGGCGAAUAACAGGCAAUACCGUGACCAGCUGGAGAAGCUCAAGAAAUCGGAACAAAGAUCACAUACAAAGCUUCGUGCCAUGGAAAAGCAACGUCAGGCCGAUGAGAAGAGGCGGCGCCGACAGGAAGACCGCCCUCAAGGGAAAUUUGAGUCCCAAGAUGCGAGCCUCAUCGUAAUGCCACCAGAGGAUCCGACGCUCGCUUUGAGUCCGCCUUCGUCUCCCGUCUAUUUGGAAUUUGAGGAAAGACUCGGUGAGCCUAGCCGUAGCGCUAAGCGGCGAAAGAUUUUUGUAGACGACGGCACAGACGCAGAGGACACAUUAGACAGGCUUCCACUCCUACCAACACUAUCCUCGCUGAAUGACGCCACACCUGCUCAUCGCCCACAUCGAACAACCACCUCUCCAAGUAAGAUCAUCGGUCUCCCUGUGGCCAAACCUUCCUUCGGUUCAUCCUGGAAUCUGCCCCAGCCACUUCCAGCGAGCACACGGCACAAACUUGAGCGUGAGAAAUCUGGAUCACUACCGUUUCCAUUAGGAAAGGACGGAAAACCGAAAGGACCUCUCCAACUAGGAUCGCGGAUGAAACUUUCGAAACCGUAAGCUUAGCGGCGGGUAACUGAUG